AUGGGCAGGAGCCGAUCAUCGUCUCCCAGCAGUAGCUGGAAGAGAUACUUCAAUCCAGCUUAUUAUUUGAAACGUCCCAAAAGGCUGGCUUUGCUCUUUAUCCUCUUCGUCUGCGCCACUUUGCUCGUUUGGGAUCGCCAAACCCUUGUCCGGGAGCACCAGGAAGAGGUCUCCAAGUUGAACGAAGAGGUCGUUCAUCUUCAAAAUCUGUUAGAAGAAUUAAAGACCGGCCAAGGUGUUCACAGUGAAGGUGUCAUCAUCUCUAAAGGAAAAAUCAGCAGGGCAAGAAGAGAUGAUUCCCCAGACGACCCUGUAACUCUUCAGCGAAGAGAAAAAGUGAAAGAUGCUAUGCUCCAUGCUUGGACCUCGUACGAAAAAUAUGCGUGGGGCCAUGAUGAACUUCAGCCGCAAACCAAGAGUGGUGUCGACAGCUUCGGUGGUCUUGGAGCCACUCUAAUAGACGCUCUUGAUACUCUAUACAUAAUGGGAUUGGAUGAACAAUUCCAGAAAGCCAGAGAGUGGGUGGCGAACUCCUUGGAUUUUAACAAGAAUUAUGAUGCAAGUGUGUUUGAGACAACCAUAAGGGUUGUUGGCGGACUUCUAAGUGCUUACGAUCUUUCUGGAGACAAGGUUUUCCUGGAUAAGGCUGUAGACAUUGCUGAUAGACUGCUGCCUGCAUGGGAUACGCCUUCUGGCAUCCCUUAUAACAUUAUUAACUUGGCUCAUGGAAAUCCGCAUAAUCCAGGAUGGACUGGGGGUAAUAGUAUACUGGCUGAUUCUGGCACAGAGCAGCUAGAAUUUAUCGCUCUUUCUGAAAGGACGGGAAAUCCGAAGUAUCAACAGAAGGUUGAGAAUACUAUUUUGGAGUUCAAUAAAACCUUUCCUGCUGAUGGUUUGCUUCCCAUUUAUAUUAAUCCCGAAAGAGGAACAACAGCAUACUCCACGAUUACAUUUGGGGCUAUGGGAGACAGUUUUUACGAGUAUUUAUUGAAGGCCUGGAUUCAGGGAAAUAAAACUGCUGCCGUCAAGCAUUACAGAGAAAUGUGGGAGACUUCAAUGAAGGGUCUCUUGAGCUUGGUUAAGAGGACUACUCCUUCAUCUUUUGCAUAUAUCUGUGAGAAGAUUGGAAAUUCGCUAACUGAUAAGAUGGAUGAAUUAGCAUGUUUUGCUCCUGGGAUGAUAGCGUUAGGGUCUACUGGUUAUCCAUCUGAUGAAUCCCAGAAAUUCCUCUCCCUAGCUGAAGAGCUUGCAUGGACAUGCUAUAAUUUCUACCAGUCGACUCCAACAAAAUUGGCUGGGGAGAACUAUUUUUUCAAUGCUGGACAGGAUAUGAGCGUUGGAACUUCAUGGAAUAUACUGAGGCCCGAGACAGUUGAAUCGCUCUUCUAUCUCUGGCGACUUACUGGUAACAAGACAUAUCAAGAGUGGGGUUGGAACAUAUUUGAAGCAUUUGAGAAGAACUCUAGGAUAGAGUCCGGAUAUGUUGGACUAAAGGAUGUUAAUACCGGCGUCAAAGACAACAUGAUGCAGAGCUUCUUUCUUGCAGAAACACUCAAAUACCUUUAUCUUCUUUUCUCACCUUCUUCAGUCAUUUCCUUGGAUGAGUGGGUUUUCAAUACAGAAGCUCACCCUAUAAAAAUUGUUACUCGGAGAGACACACUUUGGAAGUUUGGAGGAUCAGAUAGUCGAUCACGUACUAGGAAAGAAGGUCGUUUUGGCGGGAACUAA